CUGCGGCUCAAAUUUUCGUUUCUCUUUCUCUGUGUGUUUUCCCAUUUCGGAUCGAACGCUUCGUGGAAAAGUGAGUGCGCGUUGUCUGAAUUUCCCGCCGCGUUUUUCGUCGAUUUUCGCGUGUGUGCGGACAACAACUCCUCAGCAGCAACAACAACAGUCCCAAACUAUUGGAUAAAACACAGAAAAUAUACUAAAUUUGAGUUGUUCUUCUUCGUUUUUCGGAUACCCGUUCAAAGUUUCGAGUGCAAUAAAUAACAAAUUCUACAUCAUCGAACGCAUAAAAACAUUUACCAACGCAAUGGAGCGUUGCAACAACAACAGCAACUGCGAAUUGGAAUAAGAAGUCCGGCAAAAAUCGCAGAACUUGUUUUUGCAAAGUGAUUUGGAAGUGCCACCCAACGAUAAGCAAAAACAGCACAAACAUCUAUAGAAAAUAUAUUCAAAAUAUAGUCACAAAAUGAGGCGAAAAACUGCCAUGAAAGGGACGGCAAUGGUCAGAAGCAGCAGUGCGAGGAGAGCAGCAACAAAUAUCUGCAACUUUUUUCUCAUCGCACUCGUAGCUCUGAGUUCCACGAUUCUGGCCGAUGAAUCUAUUGACACACGUGAGAACGCCGACUUAACCCUCAAGUGCCGGUUUAACGACAAGUAUGAGGCGAAUGACUUCACCUAUUUCUGGACCCGCUGGACAGCGAAUCCCGCCCAAUUCGAUAACGUAGCCAUCGGAGAAGUGCAGUUGAGUUCCGGCUAUAGACUCGACUUCCAGCCGGAGCGCGGCAUUUACGAUCUGCAGAUCAAGAACGUGUCCUACAACCGCGAUAAUGGCCGCUUCGAGUGCCGCAUCAAGACCAAGGGAACGGGCGCGGAUGUCCAUCAGGAGUUCCACAACCUCACGGUGCUCACACCACCUCAUCCACCCGUGAUCUCGCCGGGAAACAUUGCCGUGGCCACCGAGGAUAAGCCCAUGGAGCUCACAUGCAGCAGCAUCGGCGGUUCCCCCGAUCCCACCAUAACUUGGUAUCGCGAGGGCUCCAAUUCUCCGCUGCCAGCGACGGUGCUGAAGGGCGGAACCAAGGAUCAGCCCACCAAUGCCACACUGUCCAUAAUUCCGCGCCGGGAGGAUGACGGUGCCAAGUACAAGUGUGUAGUCAGGAAUCGAGCCAUGAACGAGGGCAAACGAUUGGAGGCCACGGCCACUUUGAAUGUAAACUAUUACCCCCGAGUCGAGGUUGGACCCGAGAAUCCUUUGCGGGUGGAACGUGACCGGACUGCCAAGUUGGAGUGUAACGUGGAUGCCAAGCCGAAGGUUCCCAAUGUCCGUUGGAAUCGCAAUGGUCGGUUCAUCAGCUCCUCAUUAGUUCACACGAUCCAUCGAGUGAGUGUUCAAGAUGCCGGCAAGUACACCUGCAUUGCGGACAACGGUCUUGGUAAGACCGGAGAACAGGAGCUCAUCCUGGACAUCCUGUACCCACCCAUGGUGGUCAUAGAGUCCAAGACACGGGAGGCCGAAGAGGGCGAUACGGUGACCAUUCGCUGCAAUGUCACAGCCAAUCCUGCGCCCGUCACCAUUGAAUGGCUCAAGGAGAACAGUCCCGACUUUCGCUAUAACGGCGAUGUGCUGACCCUCACCUCCGUGCGAGCCGAUCAUGCCGGAAACUACAUCUGCCGAGCCGUGAACAUAAUGCAGAGCCAGGGAAUGGAGCGCAGUGAACGAGUGGGCAACUCCACGGUGGCCCUGCUAGUUCGCCAUCGACCAGGACAGGCCUACAUAACGCCCAACAAGCCGGUGGUGCAUGUGGGCAAUGGGGUUACCCUGACCUGCUCCGCCAAUCCGCCCGGCUGGCCAGUGCCCCAGUACAGGUGGUUCAGGGACAUGGAUGGAGAGUUCUCCAGCACGCAGAAAAUCCUGGCGCAAGGCCCUCAGUACUCGAUACCCAAAGCUCACUUGGGUAACGAGGGCAAAUACCAUUGCCAUGCUGUGAACGAACUGGGCAUCGGAAUGAUGGCCACCAUUGUCCUGGAGAUCCACCAGCCGCCGCAGUUCCUGGCCAAGCUGCAGCAGCAUAUGACCCGAAGAGUGGCCGAUACGGAUUAUACGGUCACCUGCAGCGCCAAGGGAAAGCCAGCACCCAGUGUUAAGUGGCUGAAGGACGCAGUGGAAAUCCUGCCCGAGGAGAAUCUGUACGAGGUACAGACCAAUCCCGAUCAGGGACUCAACGGCAUGGUCACGGUGCAGAGCCAACUUAAGUUCCGCGGAAAGGCCAGACCGAAUGGCAACGCGUUAGUGCCCGGGGAUCGUGGCUUGUACACCUGCUUGUACCAGAACGAAGUCAACUCGGCCAACUCGUCCAUGCAGCUGAGGAUCGAGCACGAGCCCAUUGUACUGCAUCAAUAUAACAAGGUGGCCUUCGAUAUCAGGGAGACCGCCGAGGUGGUUUGCAAGGUUCAGGCCUAUCCCAAACCCGAAUUCCAAUGGCAGUUUGGCAACAAUCCAUCGCCGCUGACCAUGUCCUCGGAUGGGCACUACGAGAUUAGUACCACCACCGAUAACAAUGACAUCUAUACGUCCGUGCUCAAGAUUAACUCGCUGACUCAUUCGGAUUACGGAGAAUACACCUGCCGGGUGGCCAACACCCUGGACACGAUUCGAGCGCCCAUUAGACUGCAGCAGAAAGGACCCCCGGAGAAACCCACAAACUUGAGAGCCACCGCGGUGGGUCACAAUUUCGUAUCACUGAGCUGGGAUCCCGGAUUCGAUGGUGGUCUGAGCAAGACCAAAUUCUUUGUUAGCUAUCGCCGUGUGGCCAUGCCCAGGGAAGAGCAAUUGAUACCGGAUUGCGCCACUUUGGCCAACUCGAAUUCAGCUUGGGUGGAAGUCGAUUGCCAGCAGGACAUUCCCUGCAAGGUAACAGCCCUGGAGCAGCACCAGAGUUAUGCCUUCAAGGUCAAGGCGCUGAAUCCCAAGAGCGAUUCACCGUACUCCAGUGAAAUCAUGGUGACGACAAAGGUCAGCAGAAUUCCGCCACCAUUGCAGGUGACCUAUGAGCCCAGUACUCGAACUGUCGGCAUCGAUGUGGGGGCCACGUGCUUGAAUCUGGUGGCCAUUGUGGAGACCAUGGUGAAUGCGGACUCGCCGAUGGCCGCCUGGGAGGUGGUGACCACCAUGGAUAACCUGCAGCUGUCCGGCAACGGACCCACCCACAAGGAGAAGAUCAUCGACAGAAUAAUUGGAACGCGGCGAGUCGGAGGAGGACGCGCUCUGGGCCACACCAUCAGCCAGGACGAGGAAGGCAAUGGUCUGAACUCGCUGGCCCUCGAGGACGAAAACAGUCCCACUGUGCGGGUCAAACUGUGCCUGAGGACCAAUCCCGACCACUGCGGCGAUUACACAGACGCAGAAAUUGGCAGGCCGUACAUAGCGGAGGCUAGUGCCCUGGCCACGCCCACUCUCAUCGCGAUAAUCGUGUCCUGCGUGGUCUUUGCCCUCUUCGCCGGCCUAAUCCUGAUGUUCUGCCGCUGCAAGCGCAAUCAAUCGAAGAAGAGCGCCGCCGCCAAGGACUACGAGAUGGACUCGGUGCGUCCUUCGAUUGUGGCCGCCCAGCAGAACCAGGCCCCACCCCCCUAUUACCCCGCCUCCGGGCUGGACAACAAGGCACUGGAACACUCAAUGGAUCUCGCCCUCAGCAUGGAGGAUCAGAAGACGGCACUGUACGCCACCCAGAACGGAUACAGCUAUCACCCGGGCAGUGGGGUGGUGGGCGUUGGCAUGGGCGGCGGCGUGGUGGGCGUGGGCGUGGGCGGAAGCGUGGUCAGCGGAAUGGGCGGCGGAGUGGGCGGAAUCGGAGGCAGUGGCGUUGGCGUCAAUGGGAUACCUGGACUCAGUGCACACACGAUGCCCGGAAAUGAAUGGGUCAACAUGGGCUACAUGGAGAACAACUAUUCGAACUCGAACAACGGCGGCAGUGUCAACUCGCAGGACUCUCUGUGGCAGGUGAAGAUGUCAGCUGCGGCGGUGGGCAACCAGCAGGGCAUGGUGCAGGCCCCAAUGAAUCAGUAUGUGGAGCAGCAGCCCGCCUACGGAUACGAUCCGUUGACCCAUGGCGGCUACGGGGCGGUGGACGACUACGCCCCCUACCCACACCUCACGGCCACGCCCAGCCAGGUGGGCGACGAGUACCACAACUUGCGCAACAGCCAGAAUCCGUCCCGGCAGGACUACUGCAGCGAUCCCUAUGCAUCCGUGCAGAAGCCCAAAAAGCGAGUCGAUCAGCAUUUAGAUUCACCAUAUCACGACGUAAGCGGUCUGCCCAAUCCCUACAACAUGGAGCAUUUGGAACAGGACGAGGUCCUUCCCCCGCAGCAGCACAUGUCCUUGAGCUACGACGACAGCUUCGAGGGCGAAUAUUCGACAACGCCGAAUGCCAGAAAUCGUCGCGUCAUACGCGAGAUUAUUGUCUAGAAGAAUCUAGUUGGGAAAUCGCAAACAACUAAAAAUCAGCACUCAAAUAUUUUCCACACACACACACGCUAAAUUCCAUGAUCAUCGACUCUAAACCCAUUCUAAUUAUCAUUUUAACUUCCUGCUCGACUGCCAGCAGCAGAUCUUUUGAAAAGUGGCCAUUUUGAAUACUUUUUAAUAUAUUACUUCGAUGUAAGCUUAGUUUGAGGGAUACGACGAACGUGUGUUGAGUUUUAUUGGCAACGAAACGAAUACCAUAUACCAUAGGAUUAGAGUUCCGAUCUAUCAUUGCUCUAGUUCAGCACUUUGUUGACAUAAUACACUGAGAGAAAUACAAACCGAAAUACACACACGGAUUAAAACCAUCACUGGACAAGCACUAAAUGUUACGAUUUACCAGGUAGCAUAGGGCUAAGUAGUAGUUAAUAUUAAUGGUCAAAUAGGUCCCAGUUGCAACAAACGAACUUUAAAUUGUAAGGCGAAAUUUCAGAGGGCAGGCGAUCGAAAACAAAAUCUCACUUUUCACCUAGGCCUAGGCUAAUUAACUCGUAAGUGAUUCUUGUUGGUUCUGUGCAAUAUUACCAGCACAGAUCGACAAAAGAUAAAAUAUAUACAUAAACAGUACGACCUGCCACAAAAAAAAUCAAGAAAAUAUAUAAAAAAAUCGAAACAAAAGGAAACAAAACUUACCUUAUCUUAAUUUUAAACUUUUAAAUAAAUACGAAAAAAAAGAAAAACGUUGCUUUAAGUAAGAUAUAAAAUAAAAACAAAAAAAAGUACAGAAAACUUAAAAAAAAAAUUAUUGAAAAUAAUUGAAAAAUAAUAAGAUACAAAGUAAAACAAAAAGAAACCAACUCCUCCAUUCUGAAAACUUUAAUUUAAUUUACAAAAUUUACCAACUAACUAAACUAUUUGUUCUGUUUUCCAUUUGUUCAAACUUUGUGUUGAAAUUCAAAAUUUUACUUGUAAUUAUCGUUAGCUCAACUAGAAAAGGAUUGGUUAAGUUAAUAUAAAUGUUUUGUUUGUGCAUUACGUUGUGUUUUUAACCCUUAUCAUGUGUUUUGCAACUUUUUGACAAUGGCACAGACACAAAGUGAGAAGAUCGAGAGAAAAACAUUUUAUGUAGCUAAGAUUUAAAUGUAAAUACAUGUGUAAUUGUAUAUAUUUACUUGACUUGCAAAGUAAAUAAGCAGCAGCGGCAACUUAAAUUAAAUUGUAGUUAAUUUUAAACAAUUUUGAAAUGAAUUUAAUUAGUAAGCAAGUGUUUAAGAGCAAAUGCCACAAAAUAAAGCGAAAAAACGAAUUAAGAA